AUGGGUGGCACUUCUACAAUGACAAACCGCUCUGCUACAGACAACAGCCACACCCCUCCGCACAUCAGAGCCUACGACUACCUCAUCGUCCGCGCCACCGACUUCCUCGCCGCCAACGAUGUAGCCUCUUCCCAGCGCGUUGCUCGCCUGCUCCUACGCAGCCCCGACCUGAGCCGCGCUCACAAGUUAACCUGCCACCGCAUCCUCUCGCACCACGGCUCCGAGAACAGAGUCUAUCACACAGCUCAAGCCCUCGAGAUGUGGUCCUACAAGCCCGGUGCUGCGAAACUGGUUAACGUCUCUUCUCCACGCAGCACUCCUCGUCCUGCUCCUCGCACCACACCCAUCAAGAAAGACGAUGCUUGGAUUGUGCACUCACCUGCUAAAACACCUACUCGUGUUGUCAAGCGAGUUACCUUUGCCGAUGAUGUUGCUGAGGAGAUUGAGGUCAAGAAGCCCAAUGUCAAGGUUUCUAAGGUGGGAAAGCUGUUUCCGGAGCUGAAGGCCAAGUUUGAGAUUGUUGAGUAA